CUUGGAGCUUACACGAUUUAAGAUAAGCAAAAAUUGUUUUAUAAAUAUAAUACUUCAAUAAGUGUUGGGUGUGCAAAUUAAUUCAGUGCUUAUUCGAAGAAAUUGAGUCUCUUUGUUUCGAGUGGAGAUCAUUAGAGAAUGAUGGCGAAUAUUUCCAAGACUGAGGUUUGUUUUUGUAAAUAAAGGCUCAAUUUCUUCAAAGAAAAGCAUCGAAUUAAUUUGCACAUCUAAUACAAUGGCCCCAAAUAGGAGUGGACAACCUGCGCCGAAGAGGGGUGUAGGGGAGCGGAGAGGGAAGAGAAGUGUUGUUGGCGUCUGCAGCAUGGCGCAUGGCACAUCUCGAUCGGAGCUAUCCGAAUCUCGGCGGUAACGCGACACUUUUCCUCGUCGAAGAGGAUGUUGAUUGUCUCGCCAGGAUCGGCGAGACGACAGUCCUAAGCGUUGGCACGUGGCGUUGAAACUGUUGCUCGCGUGAAACCGGUUCAAUCAAAGGCGAAGUGACGUUCGAAAGGCUAGUUUUGAACUUGAGCGAGAGAGCGAGCGAACGAGCGCGAGGUGAAAGUAAAAUCCGUGGGGAAGAUAUCGCGUGAAGUAUGCUGCGAUACUUCCGCUCGCGCGAGAGAGCACCGUGAACAUCGCCGCGGAAGCAUGCUCGCCUUGACGCGUUCCGUUGCCGAGCACCUUCAGGCCGUACCCAGCGACAUGGAGCGUCACUUAACCUAACUCGGGACCGUGGUCGCACGACUCUGGCAACGUGAUAACACAAGUGAACGAUGUGUUCCGCGAUGAACGCGAAUCUUUUUGUUAUGCCCACGAUCGACAAGUGGGAUAACGUCUGCAGACUGUGCAUGGAGAAGAAGAACGAGAUGCUGUCGAUUUUCGGCGAAGAGGGUCUGCAACGCAGAGUCGUCCAGAAGUUGCAAGCCUGUCUACCCGUGCUCGUUUACAAAACCGAUCCUCUACCGAAGCAGAUCUGCCAAUUCUGCGCGGCUAGGUUGGACGACGCGUUUGAGUUCCGAGAACACUGCCUGAACGUCUACAAGACCAUGCAUGCUAUAUUGUUGAAGUAUCAACAUGUACCGCCCGUGCGAGCGUUUCUGAAUGCGAUGAAGACUUCGCAGGACCCGUGUCAGGCGCAACUGUGCAAGGACAAGUCUAGAGCACCGCCACCAUUGGUUCCUUUGUCAUCUAAUCUACCUCUCGAUGAUCCUGUAGCUGCAAUUAAUCAAGACAGCCCAGACCAACUGCAGAAUGCCUGUAUGGAAACCUUGUCUGAGUUACCGUGCGAAGUAGAGAUCAAAGAAAGCGCGGAGUUAAUCUUGGCCAUGGAAACUGUGAUUGGUGAACCACUCAACACCAAAUGCAUGUCUUCAGAGAUGUUCAAUUCCGAUUCAGGAACGAAAAUUAGUACCAUUUCUAUAUCAAACAUGGAGGAAGACAAGAUGGAGUAUCAAACGACGAGAGAAGAGAAACGGACUAGUAUACUGGAGCAAGUGUUGACUGGCAAUCUGACAAUGACGAAUAGACAGAAGCUACAGCCUAGAGCAAAGUUGACUUCUGAGUGGUGGUGCGCACCCUGCAACCGUUAUUACAAAACAAGAGACAGCCUUGUGAGGCAUAUGCAGUCACAAUGUCCGCGCGUAUACACUUGUGGAAAGUGCUUUCUAUCAUUUGAAUCUGUCGAACUCUUGGCGGAACACGAAGCUUGGAGCCAUUUAAAGGUGAAAUUGGAUUUUACGGGCAGCUGGAAGGACUGUGAUCAAUGCGAUCGGCAGUUUAUAAGUUGGAAAAUGUUGAGGCAACACAGAUUACGCGACCAUUUGGCUGAAUUCGCUGAAAACAACACGCGGUGUGCGCUGUGCAACAGAUCUUUUCCUACUCUGAAGGCUUACCAAGAGCACGUGCAGUUACAUCAGACAAACUGCAACUCGAUUGUAACAGAGAAAUUGACUUCGACGGAGUCUGUAUUUUCCGUGUUGAAGAUAAUGGAGCGGUCGAAGGAAGGCAAACGAGGAGAGCAAUUUCAUGAAAACGUAAAGUCUCUUACGUGCCCUAUUUGCGGAAAGGUGUGCACGCAACAAAGCGCGCUGUCGAAUCACAUGCGUACUCACGAACCAAAAAAAUUCAAGUGCGAAAUUUGCGGCCGAUCGUUUGGGCUCUUUAUACGUCUAGUCGCGCACAGAAUAUCGGAGCACAAUAAGCAGCCGACAAUGUCGCCGAUCUUGUCAGCGGUUGAACAAGAAGAAGCGUUAAACGCCGAGAGAGAGGCGAGAGAAGCGAGAGAGGCCAGGACCCGCGGUGUCAAGAAUAAAUCUUACUCCGAGAUGAUGGAGAACGAUCAUUUGGUAGAGGAGGAAUCUUCAGCCAAUUUUAGCCGGCAAAACGUCGCGAUGUGCGGUAUUUGUUUACAAUAUUUCAGCGAUCACACGACGAUGCUGACGCAUCUCCAAACGCACUCGAACAGUUACUCAGUUAAAAGUUUCGCAUGUCACGUGUGUAAAAAGUCGUUUAAGGAACAGUGGCAACUGCUGAGGCACGAGGCGUGUCAUAAACGUUUGACGCUCGAUAAUGCCUCGCUCUACACCUGCACCGUAUGCAACAAAUCAUUCGCGGACAACAUCACGUAUAAAGCGCAUCAAAAGACGCACACGGUAGAUAAAACCUACCACUGCGCAAAGUGUAAUAAAAUCUUCUUCAAAGAGGUUUCAUUACUCGCCCAUCAGUGUACAGGCGAAGCGCUGUUUGGGAAGAGAGCUGCCACGGAACCGUUACAGAGAACGUCGUCUCACAGUAGUAACAAAAGACACAAUAAGUGUUCAAAAGGCGACGCGGUCCUCUCGAGCGCACAGUCGCGAAACCCUCAUACGAAGAUACACACCGAGAGCAUGCACGGCAAUGCGGCGCAGGCCCAGGAGAUAAAGAUUGAAGCGGACGACGAACCAAUGCCAAAAUUACGCCCGGAGACAUCACUGGAGUACAACGUGCCUCUGAUCGAACCAGAAGUUGAAAUUAACGAGCAGAGUACGCCCCCUGUCAAACGAACGCUCAUUAGAACCUCUAAGGGAUAUCGCUGUGGUGUAUGUGAGUCACCGUUUGUGUUUAGAGACAUUGCCGUGGCACACUUGAAGUCUGCACAUCCUUCGAUACCGUAUCAGUGUCCUUAUUGCAAGAAACGUUUCUCGACGCAGUACACGUUCACCCAUCACAUCAAAACGCAGCACCGUAAGGAGCCUGAGAAAUGAAACUCGCUCGAAGCUUCACGCUGAAGAAACUGAGACCUUCAAGUUAUAUCACAACAUGUGCCUCGUAUGAAAUAUGAGAAUUUCGUUAGAAUGACGUUUGCGUAGAACGAGAUAUGUAAAACGUGAUGGAUUAAGCAUUUUGGAAAUGCUGUAACAGUUCUAGCCAGCAUGAAAGAUAUCCAAAGUAAACCUUUGUAAGAUUUCACGGGUGUCUGAUUGCAAUGGUUAUUUUUCAAGAAUGCCGUCAACUCUGACUUUAAGGCUUUCACGACUAUUACUUAUGUCAGUACUGAUGGCUUCCGAAUAGAUACCGCGUUCUAUGACCGCUUGGUGCCGACGUUCGCAGACAUUGCAGUUCGCAUCAUCAGGGCUGUGGACUUGUAAAGACUUGUAAAUCAAGGGAGCUCAGUAUCGGAGCCCUCAGCCCUGACGAUGCGGACUGCAAUGUCUGCGAAACGUCGGCACCAAGCUGUCAUCUCGGAACGCGGUAUCUAUCCGGAAGCCAUCAGUAAUGCCGUCAACUAUUAUUAGGAAUAAAUACGUCACUCCAAAAAUAUUUCUCAAAUUAUUAGUUCGUCAUGCUUUACAUACUGUACUCGGUAUGGGUGCGACGAAUAUUGGCUGACAUCGGCCUCAGACAAAGACUUUUUCCAAUAAUUACACGAGCGUACAACUGAAAUUACGCGCGAGGCUAUUGAUAUUAGUACUUACACUGAACGUGCCUGUACAAGUGCUUUGUUUUAUAGCGUUGCAUAAACAAUUUGCGAUGAACUUUGUUGAUAAGAAGAAGAAGAAAAGAAGAGCGAUGGUAAGCCAGAUUCUCAGUGUUGAGAUUAGGAAAAUUGUGAGAAAGGAAAAAUCUAGUUCUACGAAUUUCAGCGAAAGAAGUCUGACUACAUAACGCGCGUUGCGUAAUUAGAUGUAAAUACAUUCUUUCACUGAUACGAUUAUGAUCAACUAUGAUGACAAUUAUAAAUAAUGGAACGUUUGAGGAUCCUGUUAUAUUGGGAAGUUCUCGUUAUAAUUUCAGAAUUGUUCAAUGAGUGUUUUUUAAAAUUCAACUUCCUAAUGCCGUCGUAAUCCUACGUUUCCAAGGUUCCUUGAUACCUCCAACGUCAGAAUGAGGAAGUAUCAAGGCACCUAGCGAAUGUUCAAUCGCGUUGAAACAUUCCCUUUUAAUAAGCAGCGACGUUUCGCGUUUCCGUCAAUGCCGGCGCCUCAUGUUGCGUCACACGAUUGCCUUGCGCUACGCUGAGUGUUCUCCUCAAGGAUGCCGAAGAUCAUUGUUGUUGCGACUAAACGAAUGAAUUGAUCGAAAAAUCAGGUGUUUCUGAUAUCAACGACGUUGUAAUGCAAUUUCAAUGUACACGUCUUUACACGUUUAUUUUAUACAUAGCUGAUUUACAAUAAACUAUUAUUGCAGAGACUCGA